UUCUUUUGGUUGCUCAAUUAUGCAAGUUGGGUUUUCAAGAAUUAUUUCAUUAGAUCUUCGUCUCUUCUCAGCAUUUCAGGUCACGAUAAAAACCCAUAAAUUUCUUGGGUUUCUUGGAUGCCAUUGUUUCUUGGCAGGUUUGAGAUAGUUGCGGUGAAUGCUAAUGAUGAUUUUUGCUUUUUUUUUUGUGCUGUUGAAAUCCUCACAUUAAGGCUAAUUUUAAUUUCUAAAGCAGCUUUUGUUUGAAGUGAAUUAGGGGUUUUUAGCUAUCUUUGAGCUUCUCAAUCAACCAUUUCCAAAAACUCAAAUGGAUCAAGAUCACAAGAAAUUGAAAGAAUCAUCAUUCCCAUGUGAAGUUUUGGAGAAGGUGUUAUCAUUCAUAGAUUCCCACAAGGAUAGGAGCUCAGCCUCCCUUGUUUGCAAAGAUUGGUAUGAUGCUGAGAGAUGGACAAGAUCCAAUCUUUUUAUAGGGAAUUGCUAUUCAGUGUCUCCCGAGAUUGUGGCUCGAAGGUUUCCCAAAAUCAAGAGUGUUAGGCUCAAAGGGAAGCCAAGAUUCUCAGAUUUUAACUUGCUGCCCCAAAAUUGGGGUGCUAACGUUCAUGCUUGGCUGGUUAUGUUUGCUAAGGUUUAUCCGUCACUCGAGGAGCUGAGGCUCAAGAGGAUGACUGUCAGUGACGAGAGCUUGGAUCUCUUGGCCAGGUCAUUCCCGGGCUUCAAGGCUUUAUCGUUGUCAAGUUGCGAUGGUUUCACAGAUGAAGGUCUCAAAGCAAUUGCAACUCACUGCAGGAACUUGACUGAGCUUGAUAUAGCGGAUAGUGUAACAGAAGAUAUUGGCGGAGGUUGGCUAAGUUGCUUCCCCGAGAGCUUCACCUCGUUGGAGAUACUAAAUUGUGCCAGCCUUCAGUGUGAGGUGAGUUUUGAUGCCCUCGAGAGACUUGUCAGCCGGUGCAAAGCGUUAAGGGUUCUGCAGGUCAACGAAAGCAUCAACUUGGAGCAGCUGCAACGGCUCCUUGUGCAAGUUCCUCAUUUAACAAGGCUUGGCACCGGCUCCUUCAUGCAAGAACUUACAGUCCGUCAGUAUAAGGAUCUCCAAACUGCGUUCAGCAAUUGCAAGAAUCUCCAAGCUCUUUCGGGUUUAUGGGAUGCUACUUCCGUAUAUCUCCCUUUUGUUUAUGGAGCUUGUGCAAGUCUGACUUUCUUGAAUUUGAGCGAAGCGAAUCUCCGAAGUGGCGAACUAGCAAAGCUUCUCCCUCACUGCACUAGUCUACGUCGUCUUUGGGUGAUUGACACCGUUGGAGACAAGGGUCUUGAGGCUGUUGGGUCGAGCUGUCCGUUGCUUGAAGAACUCAGAGUCUUCCCCCUUGAUCCGUAUGAUCUAGAUAAUCAACAAGGGGUGACGGAGGCGGGCUUCUUGGCUGUUUCUCGUGGCUGUCCAAACCUCAAAUACGUCCUCUACUUCUGCCGGAAGAUGACCAAUGACGCUGUCGUAACCAUAGUGCAGAAUUGCCCCGAUUUCACCCAUUUCCGCCUCUGCAUAAUGAAUCCAGGCGAGCCGGAUCACCUAACAAAUGAGCCUAUGGACGAAGCCUUCGGCGCCGUGACCAAAACAUGCACCAAGCUCCGGAGACUAUCGGUGUCCGGCCUUCUCACCGACAAGGCUUUCGAGUAUAUAGGAAAGUUCGCCAAGAAUCUCGAGACUCUGUCCGUGGCCUUUGCUGGCAGCAGCGACAGGGGCAUGCAGUGCGUCCUCGAAGGCUGCCCGAAGCUGAGGAAGCUCGAGAUAAGGGAUUGCCUGUUUGGAAACGCUGCGCUGCUCUCUGGGCUGGACAAAUACGAGACGAUGCGGUCGUUGUGGAUGUCCGCUUGUAACCUGACCAUCAAAGGGUGCAAGCUGCUUGCAAAGGAGAUGCCGAGGCUCAAUGUGGAGGUCAUCCAGGAUGAGUGGAGCGACGAGACGCACGCCAACAAAGUCUAUGUGUAUCGGUCUGUGGCUGGGCCGAGACGGGACACACCCCCGUUCGUCCUCACUCUGUGAGGGGGAGGAUUUCUAGGUCAGUGCUUUCUGCCUAAGAAAUUUUCGAAACCUAUUGAUUCUUAAACGGUGGUAUGUAGUGUUGUUGUAAGCUAGGAGUCAACGAUGAAGUGCAACUUAGUUGGUAAGACUCGUUUUUGUACACCUUUGUUGCUGGACUUGUGUCGUAUAAUGUAAGAAGAAAGAUUAUGAAUAUGUAUCUUUAUUUUCGGAAUUUAAUAUAUCUAAAUGUAUAAAAUGAAAUUUGUUUGUAGUGUAA